AUGGACAAUUAUGUGAUCAAUGAAAAGGGCGAGAAGUUCAAGGUGGGCGGACCCCGGUGCCCCGGCUACGACCCCUCUGCAGACAGCGGGUCGGCAUCUGCAGCAAAGUCCAAGGCGGCCAAAAAGAACGAAAAGCGCAAGGCCAAGAAGGCUGACGGGCAUGACGAAGAUGCAGCAGACGCGUCCGCCGCCCCGUCAACCAGCACGUCCUCCGCGGCGCCGGCGGCCAACGGUAGCGCGGCGGCGGGCGCGAGCGCCGGCGGCGGGCAGGCGGCGGCGGCGGCGGGCGAGGCGGGGGCAGCGGCGCUGAGCGGGCCGGCGGCUGUGGUGGAUAAGCAAAUCAAGGCCCUGAACAAAAAGGUGCGGCAAUGCCAGUCCCUGGCGACGCGCGAAAAGCAGGGCGGCGAGCCGCUGACCAGCCAGGAGCGGGAGAAGUUGGACAAGAUGCCCGGCUGGGAGAAGGAAAUAAGGGACCUCCAGAGAAUGAUGCAGCAGCUGACGGCCGGGCAGUGA